AUGCAAGAUAUCAUUAACAAAGUGAAGGGCCCGAGAAGUUAUACAGAGCUUAAUACCUUCAACGGGGUCAUAUAUCCCGAUUUUAAAAGCACUUGCUGCGCACGAGGUCUUCUCGCUAAUGAUGCUGAGUGGCAAGAAGGUUUGACCGAAAUCAACACAUGGGGUACACCUUCUCAGCUACGAGAAAUGUUUGUCACGUUCCUUAUCUAUUGUCAUGUUGCUAACCCCAAGGACUUGUGGGAUAAGUGCUGGAAAUCACUGAGUGAGGAAAUCCUCUACAAGAAACGUAAGGAAUUCAAACAUGCACAGCUAGAAAUAGAUGAUGCAAAGCUCGAGCAGUAUACAUUACUUGAACUCGAGAAGGUUUUGCAGAACCAAGAACACGCCCUUACUGAUUUUCCAGGAAUGCCUACUCCUGAUCCUCUCUUACUUAAAGAGCUAGGUAAUACUUUGCGGCAACAAGAGCUACAGUAUAGUGUCGCCGAGGAGAAGAGUAGACAUGACACCCAGUACAACUUGCUGAACGGUGAACAAUUGGUCGUCUAUCAAGCAAUUAUUGAGUCGACUCAGGACGACUAUGGGAAGCUAUUUUUCGUCUAUGGGGCUGGAGGCACAGGCAAAACAUUUUUAUACCAGACAAUCAUUUCAAGACUGCGGUCAGAGAAAAAGAUAGUCCUUCCCGUUGCUUCAUCUGGAAUAGCCCUACUACUACCAGGCGGCAGAACUGCCCACUCACGUUUCAAUAUCCCAAUCGGUCUAAAGGCCACGUCAACCUGCCACAUUACACCUGGAACUAUGCUCGCAGAGUUAAUAGAAAAGGCAGCUCUAAUCAUAUGUGAUGAGGCACCUAUGACACAUAGGCAUGCUUUUGAAGCCCUCGAUAAGUCCUUGAGAGACAUUCUUUAUUUGCAUGAUCCCAAAGCCAAAAAUCUCCCAUUCGGCGGAAAAACGGUUCUUCUAGGAGGUGAUUUUAGACAGAUCUUACCAGUCAUCCCACAAGGCACCAGAGCUGAUAUUGUCUCUGCCUCAAUAAGUCAUUCAUAUUUAUGGGAAUCAUGCCACAAAUUCACGCUCCAGAAGAAUAUGCGCCUCAGUGAAGAUGAGAAAGAGUUCUCCAACUAUGUCCUAAGGGUUGGCGAUGGGAACCCCUUACCUACUGAGAUGAAUGAAUUUGAUGAAGAUGAAGAAGAUCCACUCAUUUCUAUUGACCGAAUGUUGGUCGAGGAGCUCAGCUCAGAUCCUCACAAACAAAUUCUAGAAACUACUUACGGGCGAACUGACCAAUGGAAAGGAACCAAGCAAGACUAUACAGAAAGGGCUAUCCUUACACCAAGGAACGAAACGGUGGAUGAGAUAAAUGAAUACAUGAUAUCUGAAGCUGACGGUGUUUCAAAGGAAUAUCUCAGUUCCGAUAGCUUCGGUAUAAUAGACACUGAUUCUGAGAACAAUGAGACAUUGUACCCAGUGGAGUAUUUAAACUCAUUGAGCUUUCCAGGCCUGCAUGCACAUAAGCUUACAUUGAAAGUGAGCGUGUUAUCCAAGGUGAAAUAG